AUGGACAACAUAUCUGACUAUUUCUUCAAUUCUACUGUCUUGCACAGUAGCUCACAGUCUUCUUCAAACUGCACAAACAUUCUAAUUGCCAAUGUGAUAAAGAAGUAUUAUCUGCCUGCAAUGUACAGCAUCAUCCUCAUAGUUGGAGUCCCAGGAAAUAUCAUUGCAAUAUCAGUAUAUGUUAUGAAGAUGAGACCGUGGAGAACUAGCAUUAUCAUAUUACUGAACUUAGCUAUUACAGACCUUAUGCACCUAAGCAGCCUACCUUUUUUGGUUUUCAAUUAUACUAAUCAAGAAAAAUGGACUCUUGGGGAUUUUAUGUGCAAGUUGAUUCGUGUAGUAUUCCACUUCAACUUGUAUGGAAGCAUUCUGUUCCUCACUUGUUUCAGUAUCUUCCGGUAUUUUGUCAUCGUUCAUCCAAUGAAAUUUCAUGCCAUACACAAAAGGAGGUGGGCAGUUAUAGCAUGUGCAGCAGUGUGGGUAAUUGCCCUCAUAGAAGUCCUUCCCAUGGUCAUCCUAAUGACAGAGGUCCAAGAUACUGUUGCAUGUGUGGACUUUGCAGUAUCUUUGGACACAUAUAAUCUACGAUGGUAUAACGCCUUUCUGACUUCCGUAGGUUUUGCAUUACCGUUGGUGGUUGUGACCCUUUGCUAUACUUUGAUUAACUGUAGCCUGGCAAAUGGACCCUAUACCAAUGACAUAUAUAAGAAAAAGGCUCGUAGGCUAGUUGUCAUCCUCUUGGUUGUUUUUUAUGCCUGUUUUUUACCUUUACACAUCUUUAGGGCCCUUCGCAUUGAAACUCGUGAAUAUAACAUAGGCUGCCUUUAUGAGUCAUAUAUCCAUGCAGUAUAUAUAGCUUCUCGUCCGAUAGCGUCACUGAAUACAUUUGGUAACUUGUUGCUUUAUGUGGCUGUCGGAGGAAAUUUCCGACAGGCUAUUCAGUCUGUGUAUAAGUGUAAAUCCAAUCUAUAUAAGCAGCAACCAUAA